CUUGAAUUGGAGCUACUUCGUCCAAAAAACGUGCGUGCUCUCUCUCUCUCCCUCUUCCUCUCUCUCUCUCUCUCUCUCUCUCUCUCCCCCCCUUUCUCUCUCUCUCUCACUCUCUCUCCCACUCACUCACUCACUCUCUGCCGAUAGAAGCAUGCAGGUGUCUCUCCUCGUCUCCGGCUCGGUGCUCCUGCUGCUCCAGGGAUGCUGCACCGCCGUCAGGGAGUGGAGGGUACUAAAAAACGACGCCACGGAGAUCCUGCCAGAGUACAGCGAGGAUAGCCGCACAGCCCAGGAGGCCGCGCCAAACGCCAACAACAACAACAACAAUAACAACAAUAACAGCAACAGCAUGAAUAACAGGGCGAAAAACGGCGGGAGGGGAGCAGCAAACACUGUCACCUACAGUGCCUCCGAGCUGAGCUGCAGGGAGCUGCGCUCCACCCGUUACAUCACUGAUGGAUCCUGCCGCAGUGCCAAGCCUGUCAAGGAGCUCGUGUGCUCGGGCCAGUGCAUGCCGGCGCACCUCCUACCCAACUCUAUUGUCCGUGGCAAGUGGUGGAGGAGCAGCGCCUCCGACUACCGCUGCAUCCCGGCCCACUCCCGGACGCAGAGGGUCCAGCUGCAGUGUCCCAACGGCAACAGUCGGACUUACAAAAUCCGUGUGGUCACCUCCUGCAAAUGUAAGCGCUACAGCCGCCACCAUAACCAGUCAGAAGCCAAGGAGGUGCCAAAGCCACGGCGCAGUAAGAAGCACAGCCGUUUGUCCCAGGGCCGGAACAAGAGCACCACGCCGGUUAAUGGUAACUCAUACUGAGGCUGCUCUACAGUAACCUCCAUACAUGGACAGAGACCAAAGUAUGCUCGCUCAUACACACGCACAUGUUACACAACAUACCGACCAACUUAUCUCCUCCCCACUGGGAGAAGGAGAGGCAAAAGCAAUUUCAAAGAGAGCGAAUUCAUAAGCUAUUAGCUGGGCUGAUCUUAAGUCAUGUGUGUAUCACAAUGCAGGCACUAUUCAUGUUUGUUUGUCAGUCAAUUUUCAGCAUAAUUGUGAACAUAGUAUAUGCAUGACCCAAUGGAGUGGACCAACAAUGCCCAGGCUUUUUUUUUUUUUUACAUGACGGAUCAGGAGAAAUAGAACUAUCUUGAAAAAAAGAUGAAGAGGGCAUAUGACUAAAAACAACAACCCAAAUUCAUUCAGGGCUCAGCCCUGUCUGUCCUUCUGAAAUAUACAUAUAUUAGUUAAACACAGUGAGACCCAACUGUGCAAAGAUCCUGUAGAGUACAAGUUCACUGUACCACAUCUCUAGUUCAAGGGGAAAAACCUGUAUCUGCCCCACACCGGUUGUAAUCCAUCCCCUAAUGGCUACGGUGUACAGUGGAGAGUGUGGCAGCUCAGGGGGUCCUGGAGGUGGGUUGCUGACAGGACCUGAGGGGCCCGAUCUCCUGGCCCAGUCCCUACGCAGCCCUCUGUCAGGUCAGUGAGGGCCUCACUCAUCACUACGGCUCCCCGGCUCUCGCUGGGGAGCUGCAGGCCCCGCAAGGCCUGUCAGUUACAGUUGGGAUUUUUCCCAUAGGCCUAAUGGAGAGGGUGAAGAGAGAGAGGAAAAAAAUGAAAGUGCAUGAGCGAGAGAGCGAGCGAGAGAGAGAGAAAGGUGUCAGCACUCCAACACCAAGGGGGCACUGGACAUUCCUGUGACUCCUCUUAAUUGCUAAAUGAGCCCAUUCCUGUGUUUAGGAUUUGAGUCAUAAAAAGCCAUUUCCUCUCGACAUAGCAGGUUCCUGUUUGCUGGAAUCACACAGACGAGUCCACAUGUGUGUGUAGGAGGUUUCAGCAAAUUGUGCCUGGUUGCUUCGUUACCUUGGGGCAGAGCAUUUAAUUCCCCAGCACGCCCACACUGGAAAUCAUUUGUAACAAGCAAAAUAACACUCGCUAUCAACUAGCCGUAGCCUAAAUCCAUCUGUCACGUUAAGACGCCUCCACCUCUCUCGACCCUCUCCGCAGGGUUCAUGCAGGAAUGAUAGAAAAAUGGGAAGAAAAAAAAAGGAAUAAAUAAAACAUGAAAAGAUUAAAAUUACAGUUGUUGUGUUGGCUGCUGAAAUCCAGCAGGAUGCAGGUACUUGGGAUGCACAGUGUCCCAGCGCCGAUAGCAACACGGCCUCCUUUCUCAGCAGUGCCAGACGGGUCUGUAUUUAAUGAAGAAAAUCCAGAGCAUUUCCACUUAUUGUCAGCACUCCGUUGUUUUCACUCAUAUUGCUUCCUGGUUUUGGUUCUCUAAACUUCACCGACAAUGUUUGCUUCUUGUUCAAUUGUAUGUUUUGAAUAGCAACUGGAAGGGUUUUUGUCAUGUAAGCAGAGUUGCCAUAUAUAUAUAGCCUGAUUGUACAUAUUGUACCUGUGUGGUCUUUUGGAGUGGUGCCCUCACAAGACAGGGUACGACAACAAAAAAAAUGGAAGAAACAGGGGGCGGGCGGUUUCCCACAGACACAAAGAAGGACUGUUACAAAGAAAUGAACAGCAUAUUUAUUUUUUAUUUCCACAUUUAAAUUAUUUAUGCAACCUUUUGUAGUAAAUGAUAGCCAUUGUUGUCAUAUAGUAUGAUAGAGACUGUACAGUACAUAAAUAAAGUCAAAAGCAGAUAUAUUUG